GCUACCAACAAUCACAUAGCAGUAUCUACCUGUCCGGAUCUCUACCUUCGUUAUUACUACAGGCAAUGAUGUCCAGUAAGCCGAGUCACUGGUACGCCGAAGCGGAGGUUCAGGUAAGUGAAGGUAGGUAGCGCCCAGCGCCACUUCCUCUGCUUAUAAGGUACCUUCCGAGAACAGGACCCUCAUCCACUAACAGCACACUACAACUAUCAGCCUUACAACUAUUUCCCAGUAGCCUCCAACUGCUUGCGUCUAUCAGCGAACGCAUCAUGACGAAUCCAGAUACCUCUGUUGACGUCUUCAAGCGUGCCCGCGAACUCAAGGCGUCUGUCCUGCAGAACAGCUCUAUUAUGCAGUCCGCACCUGCUUCAUCUAACGAACGCGCUCCUACCUCAUUCGAGGACACGCUCAUCACGACCCUGCGCGCCGAAGGCGGUUCCUGGAGCGAGAUCACUGCGCAGCUCAACGAGCGACGCGUCUCCAACGACGAAGCGCCAACCUGGACCGAAGCGGCCGUGUACGCCCGAAUCAUACUCAACAACUCUGCGACCGCGACUCCAGCCCGAGAAGUCGGUUUCGAGCCGCGCGACUACGCACAUCUGCGCAACGCGGGAAAUGGGCGCGAGGGCACGAGCAAGGCAGGCAAGAAGCGGGUCAAGGACUUCCAGAACGCAACGGAGUUGAGUGCAAACAUUCGCCGUCCUGCCAGUGUUGCUGGUGCAAAUGGGGAGCGAGCUGUGUCGGACGCCGCUGUGCAAGUGAAGGGGAAGGGAAAGGGAAAGAGCAAGGGGAAGGGGAAAGAUGAAGACAGGAGGAAGGGCGAGAUUGAUGAGGUCGUCCGGAUGGAUGAAGGGAUGGUCGAGUUGAUGAUGCGUGCAGUGGCUAAGGUGGAGAGAAACUUCUGGGUGUUUGUGGCGGAUGAGGUCGAGAGGGAGGCGGGCAAGUACGUCGAGCCGAAGGACUUGGAGAAGGUGUUUCACGACAUUUGAACAUGACGGAGAAACUUCUGGUUAAACGCCCAAGUCGCCAGUCAUGAUGCGACAGUAUGCUCCAUCAGAGUCACCGAGAUUGACAGUUUGCGCAAACAACUACACUUGAACAACGAACAUAAUGGACAGUGCGCAGAACGUGAGCGAUUGCUGGAAUGAAAAUUUUUAUAUUCGUUGGCGUCAAACGCGGGUAUCAUUCAGUCGACUCUCUCAAUUGAAUGCUCAUGAACAUAUCUUCACCACAGCCGAAUAAUAUCA